UACCGAAUCGAUCUUUAUAUAUCUCAUUCCGUUCACCAUCAUCCUCCACACUACCUCCUUUGUUUCAAAGAACAAUAUUACAAAGACCGGAAUAAAAACUCGAAACUGAGACAAAGACAAGAUGGCAAAUCAAGUGGUCGUCCUUACUCUCAUCUUUGUUGUCAUUAUUGCUGGGGUUUCAGCCAAAAAGGCAAAGGCACCAGCAGCAUCACCGUCACCGGGAUCUGCCCCGUCCAGUUCUCCAUCCAAGGCGCCAGCAUCAUCCCCCGCCAAAGGUCCAGCCACUGCCAAAGCUCCAUCCAAAGACAAAACUCCAUCUCCGUCAGGUGCCACUAAAUCACCGUCCUCUGCCCCAGUGCCAUCCCCCACGUCUUCAUCGUCCUCUCCAUCUUCUUCACCUAAGUCCGCACCAUCAUCAUCGCCCAAAUCGGCGCCAGCCAGUUCACCCUCCAGCUUCAAGAAGCCCAAGAAGCCCAAGAAGUCCACCAGUCCAGCUGCAUCCCCCACGUCUGGGACUAGUCCCUCUCCUUCACCCUCCAGCUUCAAGAAGCCUAAGAAGCCCACCGGUCCGGCUGCAUCCCCCACGUCUGGGACUAGUCCCUCUCCUUCACCCUCCAGCUUCAAGAAGCCCGCCAAGGCUCGACAACCCCAAGCCACGGCCAAGGCUCCCUCUAAAUCUAAUUAGAGUAAAAAUUCAGAAAGAGAAAGGGAUAUCUAUGUGAUCACCAUAUGGUCCAAGAUCCCGAUCUGUGAGUAAUAGCCUCUAACAUUAUGGGGUCUGCAGAACAGACUCAUCUAGUUGUUGCUUAGUAGAACCAAUAAAUUCCAUGGUCGUUUUGUUGGCCUGACCAUAAUCAACAUUCAAGUUGCAUACUUUGGGUAUGUAUUAAUAAAACAACACGUAGUUCGACAAAUUUGAAGGAAAAAUGGGCAUGAUAAAUUGGCAUUA